ACGGUUGUUGAGCGUGAAGCAGACAUAAAACAUCUGAAGGAGCAGCUAACUGAAGCCAAACAAGCUAAUGAAGCAAGCCGAACCGCACAGGCCAGCCAAAACCAGAGUUCCCAGUCUGUCCACUCAAGUGAUGCUAACGCAGCUGCUGAGGCAAACCAGGCACAACAAGAGGAGCUUGCAAAACUCAGACAGGAGCUAUCCGAGAGCAAAAUCAGAGAGGAGCAGCUCAAACAGCAGAUGGCCGACAAAGAGGAAAAAACGAAGAAGGCCUUCCUGGGAGCCAAGACCAAAAUCAACCAGCUAAACAGUGCUAAAGAGCAGCUCAGUCAGGAGGUAGAAGAACUGAAGCAGAGUAAAGAGGAGCUGGAGGUGAGAAUGAAUGCCCUCAAAUCUCAGUAUGAAGGACGACUUCUUCGGCUGGACAGAGAGCUUAGGGAACGGAGAGAGACACAAACGCACUCUGACACCAGAGAAGAAACACAGGACCAGAGUGGAGCUAAGAUGGGUGAUCAGACGAGGUCUGCAGACCAGAGACAGAUAUCGUUGAAGAGUCCUGCACAAGACAGAGGAAGGUAA